UCUUCCUUCCCCAUCCUCUCCUCCGUCUUCUUCUCCCACCGAUAGACUUUGGCAGACUCACCGCUCCGGAAAGGAAGCCCAAUUGGUUCCACCAUCUUUGGCCCCCUUCUGACUCCGUCGUAGCUGCUCUCUGGUGUCUGCUGCACAUCUUCUCCGAGGAAUUUUCAAUUGCAGCAAAUAUGGUGUCUGAAUUAAUUAAUGCAAAUCCAGUUGUGUAUGAGAAGAAGGAGAGACGGGUUCGAAAUGUACCCAGUGAUGCAGAUGAGUAUGCAGUAGAGCCCAUAGACCAACAAGAAAUUUUUGAUAUCCUUUUGUUUUGUAAAUAUGGUUACCCUUUUUUACUCAAACAUGUUGGUCUAAGUGCUUAGGUAAGGGUGGGAAAUUAGUCUGUAGCAGCAUCAUAGGGAGGGAGGCUAAGCCAGGACAAGCAUCAGCACCAACCUUGAAAGUAACGACGUAGAUGACCAGAAAUUAAGAGCUAAGUUUUAUAGACUUAGUUUGUUCCGGUCAAAGUUGGUAAAGAAAAAAACAUAAUACACUUUGUGUGGGGUAUUUUGAUGUAUCGACUUGUAGAUAGAAAUGACUGCUGAAGUGAAUUGUGUAGACAUUUUUGUUUGGGACAUUGAAAGGUAUUGUGAUUGCAUAGACAUUAAAGAGCAUUAGGGCUAAAAAAUUGUGAGUUUUGUUGCAUAUGCCUGUUAAUUCUUUUUGACUUUAUUUCCAUGGACUCCUGUUUUCACAUAAAUUUGUCUGGGAUUGUCAAUAGUCAUGUAUGUGGAUAAAUAUCAUAAGCAUUUAGAAUGGCUGUUUUCUUAACAUUCUUAAAUCAUAUUAGAGAUAUAAAGGACCCAGAACAUCCUUAUUCUUUGGAGGAGCUGAAAGUGAUAACUGAAGAUGCAAUUGAAGUAGAUGACAAGCAAAGUUAUGUUAGGGUCACUUUUACACCAACUGUUGAACAUUGUAGUAUGGCAACAGUUAUUGGCCUUUGUGUACGGGUGAAGUUGAUGAGGAGCCUGCCCUCUCGUUACAAGGUGGAUAUAAGGGUUGCACCUGGAACUCAUGCAUCAGAAGCUGCAGUCAAUAAACAACUGAAUGACAAAGAACGCGUAGCAGCAGCAUUAGAAAACCCAAACCUUGUGGAUAUGGUUGAUGAAUGCCUGGCACCAACAUAUGGUUGAAUGUAGAUGUACUUCUACCUCUUUUUUACACCCCCCCCCCCCCCCAAAAAAAAAAAAAAAUGUAGACGUACUUCUACUGGAUGCAGUUGGAGGCAAUUACACACCUCGGAAUAAGCUGGGUUAAAGCAUCCUGCGACCUAGGUCUAAUAUCCUCGUGCAUUCUCCUUUCUGCUUAAUGAAUACCCUUAUUUAUUACUCAGUUUUGGUCGUUUUUAUUUAUGUAAUUUCGCUUACAAGGUAAACACGGCAUUGUUUCAUAAAAUUUGAACGUUGGUUUAAAUUUCAUUGUUGAGUUAUUUAUAGACUAUAGUUCCAUACUUCCGCCAUCAUUUGGAUUGGAAAAUCUUUGGACAUUUUAUUGUUAUGAGUAAAUUUACGGAGAAUAU